UGAAAACGGAGUAACUACCACCACCACUUACAAUGAGAGGACUUAUUGCAUUUGAGAGAGAAAACACUAUUCAAGCCAAAGUCGGCAUGACAAAGAUGACUGCAAAACUCAUUCCUGUGAAUUGUGUGCGAAUGCAUGCACACGAGGAGGAUAGUACACCAAGUGUGUUUGAUGUUGACCCUCCUAGUGGCCACGUGCAUUGGGCUGACUCUGAGCAGUUCGGUCGCUAGCAACGAGCGCCAAUGAAGGCUCGUCGUGAUCGUCAAAGGCGAGCGUACGUAUACUGACUUGACCUUAGACUUGAACAACGCCACGGCGUUGUGAUCGAUUUCUUCAUGCGCGGCAAAUAAAAGUGCGCUAAAGGAUAUCUGCAAAGGAAUCCUAUUAGAAGCCUACAGUCCAACAAUAUUCUGUGCUUUGAAGAAAAGCUACUGUGACAUUGAGACUUGUAUUGACACAGAAAGUUGCAAUUUGCAAAUAGAUGAUGUUUUAAAAGUUGUUUGCUGUCGUAACAAUGUCCGAAGAUUGCUUGAAAACUAAUUUGCGAAAGAUAUUCGGUCACGAUGAAUUCAAAAGCGAAACGCAAAGGCGUGCUGCGAAAGCCGUCUCCGAAAGGGAAAAAGAUGUUUAUAUCUGCAUGCCUACGGGCGCUGGGAAGUCGCUGUGUUUUCAGCUGCCUGCUGCAAUGCAAAAAAAUAAAGUUGCAUUGAUUUUUUCACCAUUGAUAGCUCUGAUCAAGAAUCAAAUAGAUAUUCUACGCUCAUUCAACAUCAAUGUGAAAACAUUAAAUUCAAAGACUCGAGCGAAAGAGAAAGCUUCUAUAGUAAAAGAACUGCAGUCUAAACAUCCGAAAGUAAAAAUGUUGUACGUCACACCAGAGAUGGCUACUACUCGUGUUUUCCAGAACCUAGUUAUGGAUAUGUUCAAAGCCGGUGUAAUUUCACAUAUUGUACUCGACGAAGCCCAUUGUUUGAGUCAAUGGGGACAUGAUUUCAGGCCUUCAUACAGAGAAUUAGGAAUAUUCAGAGAAAUAUGUCCAGAUGUGCCAAUUAUUGCAUUAACAGCAACAGCUAAUAAAGAGGUUGUAGCUGACAUAUUUUCUGUAUUGAAAAUGCAGAAUCCUCAACGUUUUGUGCUUCCAGUCUUUCGCAAUAACCUGUACUAUGAUUUGAUGUUUAUGGAAACAUUGAGCAAUCCACUUGAACAUCUUAAAGACUUUAUUAACAAAGCACUAGAUACCGAUGAUGAAUCUUCACCGAUGCAACGAAAUUGUGGGAUAGUAUAUUGUCGGAAAAAGGAUACCACAUCAAGCUUAGCUGAAAGUCUGACUACUAUGGGUAUUAAGGCUUUAUCUUAUCACGCGGGUCUGAGUACUUUAAUUCGAACUGCACAUCAGAAUGCAUGGAUUCAUGGAAAGGUUCCGGUCAUUGUAGCGACCUGUAGUUUUGGAAUGGGUGUCGACAAAGGGCCAGUCAGGUUUGUUGUACACUGGUCGGUACCACACACAAUUGCUGGGUACUACCAGGAAUCGGGAAGAGCAGGGAGAGACGGCAAACCUGCUCGGUGCCGGAUCUAUUUCAGCAAACAAGAACAUGAUGCGAUAGAUUAUAUUCUACGCAAUCCAAAAGAUUCGAAUCCUCAGAAUGCGACUUUGGCGCACAAAAACUUUCAACAAAUGGUGGCUUAUUGCCUGGAAGCCAAAUGUCGGCACGCACAAUUUUCAAAAUUCUUUGGUGACGAACCUUCAGCCUGUGGGAAUCAAUGUGAUUGUUGUGAAAACAAAAAGGAAGUUCAGAAUCGGAUCCAGGAAUUUCGUAGCAUUAAACUUGCAAACGAACCAUCGAUUGAGAGUUCUGUGGCAGAUGGUGUUGCACUUCCAAAGUAUGACGUGCUUGAAUCAAAUACUGAAUGUGACAAUUCCGAAUCAGGAUUUGAAGCAACAAAGGCGCUAGAAAAACAGGAAGCUAAAGAAUUGCCUACUCAGCAAUUUGCUUUACGCAGAGAAAAUACAGAGCCUGAAACACCAAGUCACCAAAUUAAAAUUGCUGCAUCCGAAGCACAUGUCAAAUCUGCAGAAGUGACAUAUGUUAAAGUAAAGGGACUAACAAUAGAGAUGAAAUCCAUUGAGAACUCUAACAAGUCAAGAAUCCUUGAUCUUAAUUUGGAAAAGUAUGAACCAGUUGCAAAAAAGGCUACAUCUCCCAAGAAAUCUUCAAAAGCAGCAGAAGAGAAAAAAAAAUCAUCAAAGCAUGGUUGUGACUUUGUAACGGGGAAAGUCAUCUAUAAUGAUGCUCAACAAGCCGCGAAUUCAUCAGCAAAUACGAAUGCCAAAAAAUGCUCCAUGACUGAGUUAUCUGAAAAGUCUUCUCAAACGCGUGAGCCUAUAGAUUCCCAGGCAUCAGAUCGACCGAAAACCAGCUGUGAUUUUGUAUCCACAAGAGAAAUUUACCCAAGUUUCCAAAAACUAAAAAAUAAAAAUCAAUCAUCAAUCGAACAAAUCAAAAUAAAACCCAUGACAGAUUUUUUAAAAAAAUCUGCCAUGUCAUGUGAACAAGUAGUUUCUGAGACAACAAAAGAAUCAGAGGCCAAGUGUGAUUUUGUACCGAUAGGAAACAUUCGUGACAGCGCUCAACAAUCUGAUAACAAAAGACCCUCAUUACCAGCAAAUCUCGUAGUAAGACAAUUGACAGAGCUUCUUAAAAAAUCUCCUAUGGUGUGUGAGCAAUCAAUUUCUGAGAAACCAAAGGAAUCAGAGACCAGCUCCAACUCUGUUCUAGUGAUAGAAAUUUCAUCAGAUUCAGGAAAAUCUGAUGAUGAAAAACAACCAGCAAAUCCGAAGGUAAAAACGCGCUGCAUGACUAAGUCUCUUAAAACAUCUUCAAAAGCAUGUGAACGAAAGAUGCAUCAGCCAAAACAGCAGCCAUUCAACUACCAGUUCAAAACUACCUUUGAAAUUGCCCAAAGUUUCUUAGCCGCAACUUCAAGUGAGUCAAGUCAAAAAGAUGGUCAGAAUAAGCGAAAACGUGAUGAAAAAUCCGCUACUACGCCAGAGGGGGUCCGUUCAAAGAAGAAAAAAGCAGAUAAUGACGAGCAAACGUUUUUUGCCAAAGAACAGUACAAAAGUGAUGACAAAGUUACUAUAAUUCAUACAGAUUCAAGUGAAACAUGCAGUUCAAGUGACAGCGAAGAUGAUUCAAGUUCCACCGCGUCUAAGGUUGAGAAUGAUUUAGAAUAUUGCAAGAGGAAAAGCCUUAUAAAGAAAUUAGUACAAACAUGGCGACCGGUGCGUGAUUCAACUUUAAGUGACAAUGGAGAUUCUUUAUUCAAAAAUGACAGAUACGCAAAGACGUCAGCCAAACAAGGACAAAGAAAUGAGAGAUGGUCUUCUAAAUCGUCUCAGGCUCGCACGUCUACUCCGCCCCAUUGUGUAGAAAAAAAGCACAAAUCAAGAGAACAAAUUGCAGCAGAAUUGAUGAUCAAGAGAAAAUUGAAGCCUUUUUGCUAUCGCGACUUCGAUAGAGAGACCUACUUGAGACUUGGCAGGUGGAUUCGUCACGAUGUUAGAAAAUAUCAUUGUUACAGUAGAGGAGAAGUACUUCAAAUUCUUACAGCAUACCUGGACGAUUUGAUCGAACAUUAGCAUCAUCUGUCAACAUCUUCAAACUUGAUACUUGCUAUAUUGCUAUCCAAAUUGCGCCUACCUGCCAUUAUACGAGCUAGUACAAUAUUCCAUAUCAUGUUUCUAUUUACCUUGUACGUUUGACUGGAAUUCAUCGAUCACUCUAUGUUUCGAUCAAGCCUCAUUUGUUCUUACCGAAUAACUUUAUUUCUUCCAGUAUUCAGUAGUAUAGAUUAUAAGGACCAGUUGGAGAUUUUUAUUUUUCUAGUUUUUGGUAUUCAUUUUUAGAAAAAAGUUUUAUUCCAAUAUUUUUUAUUAUUUUCGUUUUUAAUUCAGUUUAUUUGUUCUAGUGCUCAGUGGUAUAGAUUAUAAGCCAAAGUUACAGAUUUUUAUUAUUUUGUUUGUCAGUAUUUGUUUUUUUUUUAAUUAGUUUAUUCUUCCAGUGCUCAGUGGUAUAUAUUAUAAGUCAAAGUUACAGAUUUUUAUUUUUUUGUUUGUCAGUAUUUGUUUUUUUUUUCAAUUAAUUUAUCGUUCCAGUGUUCAGUGAUAUAGAUUGUAAGGACGAGUUGGAGAUUUUUUAUUUUUUUUAUUCUUCACUCAUUGUUGCUACUCACUCAUCUCCCUCUCAUCUCAAUGAUGCCAGCAACAGAACUUCGUUAGUUGAUGUACAUUUCUCGCAGUAUGUGAUAUGUAUGAUCAGACUGAAAUGUAAAUGAUUCUAAAAUAGCCACCUAGUCAUAAAAACAUAUUAUGUUCAAACUAUGUUAUUCUUAUAGAGUGCACGUGUGCGAAAUUUAUCGAUGCAUUAAACUAUUUUAUCUAUGAAAA